CACGAAGUUUGUAAGCAAAAAAAUUCUACAGAUUAUUAAAUUUAAUUUCUAAAAUGUGUAAGCGUUACACCUAUUAAAAGUGAAUAAACAAUGAAAGGUUCUAUCAGCAGGGUAUCGUCGACUAAAUAAAUACAUUUACCACAAUGCCUAAAAAAUGUUCGGUGUUAGGCUGUACGACCAAUCGGGACUGUUACGAACCGGGUUUGCGCUUCUUCCAUAUUCCUCGCGAGGACGAAGUUCUGCAAGAGCGGUGGCUACAGCUGAUUGGACGUGAUCCCGAUUGGAAAAUUCCCAAUAUCCCAACCGUUUGCGAGAAACACUUUACACCGGAACAAGUAUCCGUGGGUCGAAACCUGGCACCUGAUGUGAUUCCUACUCUCAAUUUGCCUGGUCCAACGAAUGACAAUCCAAAUUCAAAUGAUGACCCACCACUGACGGAAUCCACCGUAAAACGCACCCAAGUUCCAAGAAAGAAACGGGUUUCUAAACGGCGUAGGAUUGAGGAGCCGGAACUGGUUCUGGUAGAGCCGCAGGGAGUUCUCACGUUUGAACUCUGCUGUCGACUGUGUUCGUUGGAAUUGAAAGUGACCGAGGGCUUGAAAAUUGCUGAUGCUAGGUCAUCACAGCUGGUCUGGAAGUCAAUAUGGGAUGUUUGUUUGUUGCAGAGUGAUUCGACAGAAAUUUACGGUGCGAAGAUUUGUGGCGAUUGUUGGAGCAAAAUGCAAGAAUUUAGUUACUUCGUUCAAACUUGUCAUCAGCAACAGAAGCGCUUAUUACCGCAGUCUCCAGAUUGUAUCAAUAGUUUGCAGGAUGAAUCGGACGAACAAAGUGAUUCUGAAAUGAAAAAUGAACAAGUUCCGAGAGAGAUUGACAAAAAAGGCGAAAAUGUAUUUGAAGAACAAAACUCAGAUCUCCCGCCAUUGGAAGGAUUGAGCAUCGAUGAAAUGCUGGAAGCAUUGGAUAAAGUUGUUGUAAAGGCCCCUCGAAGAAGCAAACAUGAUGGCGUUAGUAUAGAUGAGGAGUGUUGGGAUUGUGGCAAAAUGUUUGCUAACAGAAGCCAAAGGAAAGAACAUCGCAAAAUCUGUUCAGCCAUUGGUACGGCUGAGUCGUUGCGAAAUAGAAGCUAUACAUGCGACAUUUGCAGCAAACCAUUCAAUUCUCGCCACGGUUAUCGAACACAUCUCCAGAGGAUGCACAAAAAUGACCCUACACAGGAAAAAAAUACAUCUGAGGAACUGAAGCGACUGCAGUCGAAGAAACGUCUCCAAUGUCCACUAUGUCCGGAUCGUUUUCAGCAAUUGCAUCAGUUAAAGUACCACUUGAAAACGCACAAAAUUAAAUCACUCAGCACUACCAAACCCAGAAGAAUUAAUCGACAAAACGAAAAUAGUAACUCCUGUUAUUGUGAGCUGUGCGAUAAAACCUUCCAAAAUCCUAGUUAUCUGAGUUUGCACAUGAAAUUCCACAAGAGGGAACGUGAUUUUCAGUGUGAUCAAUGCGAAAAGCAGUUUUUCAUCAAAAGUGAUCUAAAAAAUCACAAGAUGACGGUCCACGAGGCACAUUCGUUUUUGUGUGGCAUUUGUGGCAAAACUUACGGAGCACGCCGUUAUUUCAACCGGCAUAUGCUGAGACACAAUUCAGAUCCCAGUCAGAAACCAUACAAAUGUUCCUACUGUACGGACUCGUUCUACACCGCUUCGGAUCUCAAGUACCACGUGACGCGUCACACCGGUGAAAAAAUGCAUGGAUGUGAAAUAUGUGGCCAGGCGUUUCGAUUUCGACAUCUGUUAACACACCAUAAGAAAAACAAGCAUGGUAUGCAGCUGGAUGGAUUGAUGCUGGCGAAAGUGGAUGAAUAUUACGGAGAAAGUGAAGAAGUGUUGAAUGAGCAGGUACUGAACGAGGAUGACAACGUAGCGAAUCUCGAAUGCUUCAGUGAGGUAGUGAUUUCGGAGGAAAUUGCAUAGAAGUAAGUACGAUAAUAAAAGUCGA